UUAUAUUCAAAAGAGGAAACAAUUUGCAAGCCAGCUUAGAGGCUGCAUCCAUUGACAUGCAAAUAGUGGACAAAAGCAACCAGCAGCCUUGCCAUUCCUCAGUCCAAUCGCCUACAAUGUGGAUCCCUGCCAGGACAUCAAUUGUUUUCAUCAAAUGAGUGAAUAACGAUGUGCUUUGUCUCGCUCAGACCAAGAAAACCUGGAUUUCUGGCUCCAUCCAUUCCAAACAACAAGACUGCAUCAGGUUUCUCGCCACAUUAGCUCAGGCUCAAAUUAAAACAUUGUUGCCUUCACAGCACCAGUAGCCUUGGAGCUAAGACUUUGGGAGAGUCAUAAAUUCGGCCCAGACUUUCUUCCUGCACUGUGAUAUUAACCGGUAGUGGAGGAGGCAGUUGUUUGGAAUUCAACUUCCAGUCAUAGUCUCUUCAUGCUCUUCAUGGCUCAUUGUGCAGCUCAUCCCGCCGUCCUCUUCGCACUGCUGAUGAUCGGCACGGCCGCAGUCGUGCUCCUCACUUUCCCAAGCAAAGAGAUUCCCGAGGCGCCCGGGUUCAUGUACGGAAUUGUUCUGGAUGCUGGAUCCUCACACACGUCUCUGUACGUAUACAAGUGGCCUGCAGACAAGCAAAAUGGCACCGGGGUGGUCACCCAGCACAGUGAAUGUCAUGCAAAGGGAGGUGGGAUCUCCAGCUAUGCAGGCCAGCAGGGAGCGGUGGGACGGAGCUUGGAGGCGUGCUUGGACCAGGCAGUGCAGGACGUCCCUGCGCAUCGACACACGGUCACACCUGUGUACCUGGGGGCCACAGCUGGCAUGAGGCUUCUGCAUAUCUCAAAUCCACAGCAGUCAGCUGAAAUUCUGCUGGAAGUAGGCAAGAAAAUCCAGUCCUACCCGUUCAGCUUCCGGGGGGCUGCCAUUCUGUCCGGUCAAGAGGAAGGCGCAUUUGGCUGGGUCACCGUCAAUUACCUCUUAGAGAACUUCAUCAAGUAUGGCUUUGUGGGGCGAUGGCUCAGCUCAGGAAGGCCCACAGUUGGGGCUCUGGAUUUCGGCGGUGCGUCCACACAGAUCACAUUUGUGACUAAAGACAGGGUGGAGCAGCAGAAGGACAUGAUGAAACUGCGUCUGUACGGCCAGGAGUACUCUCUGUACACACACAGCUUCCUCUGCUACGGGCAGGACCAGGUCCUCAAGAGGCUCCUAGCCCACAUUUUCAAGUCUCAGGGUUACACAGAGUCCGUGACCCACCCGUGCUAUCCUGCAGACUCGUCUGUAAGCGUAGAGCUGGACGGUGUAUUCAACUCUCCGUGCACAGCCAAGUACAAACCGAGCUCCUACAAGGCCCAGGGCUCUUUGACAGUACGUGGCAGCGGGAGUUAUGAGCAAUGCCAAGGCAACGUGUCCGAGAUCUUCUCCUUCGACAGAUGCCCUUUCUCUCAAUGCUCCUUUGACAAGGUCUUCCAGCCCAAUGUGACUGGCAGCUAUAUGGCAUUUUCAGCCUUCUUCUACAUUCACUCCUUCCUGCAGCGCGUCACGGCCAUUCCGGUGAGCACCGCGGCACAAAUGGAGGAGGCAACUCAAACAAUAUGCAACAUGAGUUUUGCUCAGAUGCUAGAUCUUGCUCCAGAUCAAGCGUCUCGCCUGAGGGACUACUGCGCUUCCUCGGUCUACGUCAAGAUUCUUCUGCUCAGAGGAUACGGCUUUGACGCAACAUCCUUCCCACGCAUUUCUUUCAAGAAGAAGGCGGGCGACACUUCUGUCGGAUGGGCUCUGGGUUACAUGUUGAGUUUGAGCAAUUUGCUGCCGUCAGAAAAAAUUGGAACUUGGAGGGCAUUGCCGCCGGGAGUUUGGCAGACCCUGAUUGUAUUUUCCGUAUUGCCCUUGGGCGCCAUCGUGGCCUUCGUCGGACUUGAGUGGAAGAGGAGAGGACGCGAGGACGCCGCCAUUUAGUCCUGCUGUUGCACACAAUUACUCCGUGAUGGCGUCUUAUGUGGAUUUAAAUGUGAAUGUGAGGUUUGCGCCUCAUGUUCUGUAGUUUUGCCCAUUCCUUAUACACAAUGUCCCUGGUGGACUCCACUUAAAAUUGAAUGUGUUUUGAGAACAUUAAUGCAAGACUACUCAGGUUGAAUAACAUUACUCUGCAUUUUUACCUCAGAAAAAAAAUGAGUAAUUUUUUUUUUUUUUUUUAGAAAUGUAGAAUUUGUGAAUUCACAUUCUGCUGCAGGGUUUGCCGAUACAAGGUAAAGAUAACCAUGUGCGUACAAUUCAUAACAUACACAUUUAUGCUCGGUCACCCUUUUACAGUGAUGCCGCUUCAGAAAAUUAAUUGACAAAGUCAAGAAAACCACUCUUUGAGAAAUUAUUGGAGGAAUUUGAACAUAGUGAGUGGAAGUGUCAGCCUCACGCUGAGAAGCCAAAAUCGAUUACAUCAUGUAUCACAUUCCUGAAGAAACUUCAGCCUUUUUAUUAUUUGUUUUUAUAUUUUUUUUUUAAAUGUGUGGCACUUGUUUUUUUGACAAAUCAUGUAAAGCUUGUUCCGUAUGGACGGCCGAAUGGGGAAAACAUUUAUGAGUAUUAAAAUCAUUACUUAAAUCUGUCACUGAUUAGAAUUAAAUAUGUGCAUGUGUUAAUAAGUGUGGCAUUAAUUUAAUUUAAAAUCAUAUUUAUUAUUUCACGAUUAAUAAAUUAAAAUAAAUACAUAGUGUUAUUAAUUAAAUUAUUACAUACAAGAUUAAAAUAUCAUGUUUAUUUAAAGCAUGAAAUAAUUAAAUCAAUUGUUAAACGAUAAUUAAAUUUGAUUUUAUAUGAAAUACAUUGACACAUUUAAUAACACAUUCAUGUUUUAAAUUACAAUUGUAAAUAAUGAAUGACACAUUUAGGUAAAUAUUUAAAGAUGUAUUUAUUUAAUUUUGUCCCAUGUGGCCCCCCAUAGUUAAAGUACAUUGAUGUAAAGACUUUUACUGAAA